CAAGCACUUUUAACAAGCAAAGUCACAAAUGUUGUAAACUCUUGUUUGGCUCAUCUUCAUAAAUGCACACAUUUUGCAAAUAAAUAUUCAGCUAAAGAAGUUGAUCGAAUUCUUAUUUUAAUAGCUAAAUUAAAAAAACAAACCAAUUUGUCAAAAAGAAUUCGAUAUAAAAAUGACUUACCAGAAGAUGAUGAUAAUAGAUUAGUUCGAUCACUUACAACUAACUCAAGUUCAACAACCAAUUUAGAACCAAAAGUAACUUCUAUAUCAAAUGGUUGGGCAUUUAGAUGGGUGGAAAAUCCAGAGACUAAAGCACUUUUUUCAUGGCUUAAUUUACAUUUACCAAAUUAUCAAGCAUUGUCAAAUCGGAUUUUAAAAGAUUCUACAAAAGAAAGCAUUGAAAAUAUUAGUCUUUCAAGAGAACAGACAGAAGAAGCGAUUGCUCAUUAUGGAAAACUUCUUAAAAAAGCCAAAAAUCAAAAUAUAAAAAUAAUUGCCUUUGUUACUGAUUCAGC